UUAGUCAUACAUUCAAACCAUAUCAAGCUCACAAUGGCUUCUAGUGUAGAUUUUAUCAUUUCCCAAAUGUCCUGGCCCUUCUGGAAAGUUCUGUCUUUGUGUACUGGCACACAAAAUACCAAAAAUAUUCAAGUGAAAUGCUUCCUUAGAGUUAAUUUCUCAUCACAUGCCUUGGAAAAGACAGUCAACCUACAAACUUCAGAAUUAAAUUCCACUUCGUUACGUAAACAAAAUCAUGACCUAAUCUAUUAGGCCAUUAUGGGAGAUUAAAUAAAUGCUGAUGCUUUUUUUAGGUCCUAAAAUCCUUAGGUUAGAUGUGCAACCUUUAUUGUCAAAAUGAGGCCUCGCUCCAUAACAAAGUUUGGCCAUUAACCCACAUCUUGAAACUGAACAUUUCAGGACUAUUGUAUGCCAGUUAUCUUAUUUUAUCGAUGAACAGUAACAAUAUUGAUAACUAUCUAACCGUAAUCAGAUAUUGAAGCUCUUCUAAUAGAAACUCAGUAAGAUACCAGACACUAAAAAGCAGCUUAAUUUCGUAGGCCACACAUGUACACAAUGCGAACCAAUUUUUUUGGGGUCUGUAGUCAACAGCUUCCUGUAAAAUGUAAUUCUUACACUGGUAGGAUGAUGUAACAAGUUGAUCCUGGUUAGUUUGUGAUAACAUAAUUAUUACUGAUAGGUUUCUUGUUGACCCUGAGGGGCACAUGGUUAUUGCCUUAAACAGCUCUGUUUGAUUUAGCUUUUUACCAGUUCAACCAAGGUGUUUCCUGCCCCUCACUUCCUGUGGCAGUGGUUAACGCUUCAUCCUUUUACUCUGCACAGCUGCAUACCCAUUCCCGUCACAGUUGUGGCUUCCUGUCACAUCCAAGCUUUACCAGCUAUAAUGGGGUGCUGUUACGGACUAAAUUGCUUAUAUAUCUGUCUUUGUGCUGUUCAUGUAUACAUGAGUAUUUGUAUCUUCAGAUUGAGGCUCUAGGCUACAGAUCAUGUGUGUUGGUUGCCCAUGAUUGGGGAGGUGCUGUUGCUUGGAAUUUCACACACAUUCACCCUGAAUUUGUUGACAGGCUGAUUGUGUGCAACAUUCCACACCCAAUGUGCUUUAGAAAGUGUUUGCAGUCAUGUAAGAAACAAUUCCGUGCUUCCUGGUACAUGUUUUUCUUUCAGCUGCCUUACCUUCCAGAGUACUUAAUUGAGAUGGAUGACUUUAAAGCUUUUGAUGAGGGUUUUGGGAAAACAAAAAAUUUCAGCGAAGAAGAUGUAGAAGCUUACAAAUAUUCUAUGUGUCAGUCUGGGUGUAGUGGUCCUAUAAAUUACUACAGGGCUGCAUUUUCUUACAAAGAUGUGCCUUCCGGAGUCUUUCUCACCAAGAUCAAGGCUCCAACCCUUGUGGUUUGGGGAACGGGAGAUGUGUUUCUUCUGGUAGAAACGUUAAAAGGAACGGAAGAUUUUGUGGAAGACUUGACAAUCAAAUACGUUGAUGGAGCGACUCACUGGGUGCAAGUCGAUGGAUACGAGGACACGAACAAACACAUUCGUGAGUUUCUUAGUGCUCAUCCUCUGGAGCCGUCUCUACAGAAACCAGAUUAAACCAGAUUAAACCAGAUUAAAGCGACUCGUGGACAGCUGACCAGGGCGCUUUUUCGUUGACUACAUUAGCUCUGAAGAAGAAGGAGAACGUCUGUUAACUUUCGAAGAAGUAGUUAAGUCCUCAGUUUUUGGGAAGAAGAGUAUUGGGUAGUUCUCGUUCUCGUUAUCGUCAUCAGGAACUUGAAGCUUGUAUUACUUAGAAAACAUUUCCCUUUUGGGUAAUAUGAAUAGUAUUUUAUAUGUUUUACGUAGUGUUUCUUACAAGGUAAAUAGUCUUAAAUAACGUAACAAACAUCAAUAAAAUAAUUGUAGAAAGAU